AUGGCCGAGUCGAAGAACCGCACCACACACAGCCAGUCCUGAAAAUGGCACAGAAACGGCAUCAAAAAGCCCCGCUCAGAUCACAGCGAUAUGUCUCUUAAGAGGGUGGACCCCAAGUUCCUGAGCUACAUGCGCUUUGCCGAGAAGCACAACAAGAAGGGCCUGAAGGAGAUGCAGGCCAACAACGCCACGGCCACGAGUGCACGUGCCGAGGCUGUCACGGCUCUCAUAAAGCCCAAGGAGGUCGAGCCCAAGAUCCCAAAGGGCAACAACAGCCGCAGGCUCAGUCGACUUGCCUACAUUGCUCACCCCAAGCUCGGGAAACGUGCUCGUGCCCGCAUCACCAAGGGUCUCAGGCUCUGCCAGCCGAAGGACAAGGACAAGGACAAGGCUCAGACCAAGGCCACAGCUUCAGCUGCAGCUCCCGCUCUGGCUCUGGCUCAGGCUCUGGCUCAGGCUCCCAAAGGUGCCCAGGCCCCCACAAAGGCUCCAGAGUAGAGACCUUCAUCUGUUGAUGUGAGGAUAGAAGGACUGGUGUGACCCCUGGGCUGCUGUCUGCAUGGGGCUCAUGUCCUCCUGUGCUGUUUGUACAAAUAAACCUGAGGCAGGAUCUAUCAGUCAAAAAAAAAAAAAAAAAAAAAACCAC